CACAUCGUGGGGUGCUUGGGCACCCUGGGUGCUGCCUGGCACCUGGAGCUUGACACCUUUGAAGCAGCGACUCCCCGGGGCCUGGUGACCUUCACCAAUGUGGUGGCCACAGUGGUCCCUGCCGCCCCCCGCCGCCUGGUCCUCGCCUGUCACUAUGACACCAAGGUCUUGCCCCCUGGUCCUGGCCAGCAGCUCUUUUUGGGGGCCACCGAUUCAGCUGUGCCUUGCGCCAUCCUCCUGGAGCUGGCAGCUGCCCUCGACCAGCCCCUGCAGCAUGCCAAGGACAGGGGUGUGGAGGUGACGCUGCAGCUGCUGUUCCUGGACGGGGAGGAAGCCUUUGGGGACUGGAGCAUCACUGACUCCCUCUAUGGCGCCCGGCACUUGGCAGCACGUAUGGCCACCACCCCCCAUGGGCCCCACGGCACCCAGAUCACUGCCAUGAGCCUGAUGGUGCUGCUGGACCUGCUGGGUGCCCACCACCCUGCCAUCCACAGCCACUUCCCUCGCACCCACCACUGGUUCCUGCGCCUCGUCGCCAUCGGUGGGACAUGGGGACAGGGACGCAGGGGUUGGGACUGGCCCUUCUUCCGCCUCAGCCCAGCCCCAGGACCCGUCGAGGAUGACCACGUCCCCUUCCUCCAGCGAGGUGUCCCUGUGCUGCACCUUAUCCCCAUGCCCUUCCCACAUGUGUGGCACACCCUUGAGGACACCGAGGACAACCUGCACCCCCCCACCGUGGAGGACCUGUGCAAGAUCCUGGUCGCCUUUGUGGCCGAGUUCCUGCAGCUCUGA